AUGGGCGAUAUCAGGAAGAGUAGCAACCGCAUGGCAUCGCGCCGCGGUGUCAGACCUCCUUCCCUCAAGGACAUCUCCGACCGCCUCACCACGUCGACGCCGGUCGCCCUAAACGAAAUUACCACCUCGACCAACCUUCCUGCUGCACAGUCGCGUCUCAAGCUCCCCGCAAGUGCUGCUGCCCGCGCCAACCUCGCACCCACGGCUUCACCCAUUGCCCGUGUGGGUGCUCACGAAACUCACGAGAAUGAGAACAUCGAGCUCUCCAAGGUUGGAAAGGAAGGUAGUGAAGACAAGGCUGAGGUUCAUACCAAGGCCCUCUCGAAUCGCUCCUCAACAGACACCCUCAAGAAUUCGGAAUCAAGCCAUGCUCCCUCGAAGCGCGUCAACUCGAACUCGCUCGCCCUCUCCAUAGGCGAGAGCGUGGAUUCGCCCACCCCUUCUCGCGGAGGAUCGCUGUUGAUGAAGGAGAUUGUGGCAUGCGAGAGUCCCACGGAGACCCAGACCACUAAAGCAGAGGCAGCCGGGUCGCUCAAGCCCAAAACCCUCGCCGAGCUGCGUCACAAGUCCCGAGCCAGUCUGGGCCACGGUUUCCCGGAGACUCCACCUCGCUCCAAGGAAGAUGUUCCGUCGAUCGUUGUGCAGCGCUCGACCCCAGGCGAAUCUACGAGCAAAGCCGCUGGAAGCAGUGGAUCCACAUCUAGCUCCCCAAUGCCUGGAUCGCCUCGCUCUAUCGCCAACGGCCUGCCACUUGAGCACUCUUGGUCAAUCUGGUACGACUCUAGGACUUACAAGCCGCCACCCGACGUGCUCGAGGAGCGCUGCCAGCGCAUGACCGAGUGGGAGGCCAGCAUGAUGCCCGUCGGUUCGUUUGACACCAUUCAGAGCUUCUGGCGCCUGAUGAACAACAUUCGUCAGCCCAGUAAGCUAACUAAUUGCGGCAACUACCACAUGUUCAAGAAAAACAUUCGCCCAUCCUAUGAGGAUCCAGCGAACUCGCACGGUGGCAAGUGGUCGCUGUUCAUCAAGGCCAACAACAAAGAACUCACUAUCGACAUGGUGUGGUCCAGCCUCGUUCUCGCACUGGUUGGUGAACAGCUCGAUCCUGAGAACAACGUUACUGGCAUCGUGGUAUCGUCCCGCCCACGCGCGGACCGCAUUCAGGUCUGGACUCGCAUCAAGGACGACGUUGACGCCGUCAAUGCUAUUGGAAACCGCAUUCUGGAGGUGAUCGGCUUUGACCCGCAGGACCAGCAAACGAUGUCGCUCGAUUUCCAGGUGCACCCGGAUGCGGUCCUGCCAGCCAAUCCGGCCAAGUACAUUCGCGCGGGUUCCUAUAAGCGUGCCGCUUCAACUGUUGGCUUGCCGUCGAGUGGCUCAAACGCCUCGCGCGUGUUGUCGCCUCUCACUAGCGCUUCACCCGUCGGCUCGCACAUUACGCUUCCUGCCUGGCCGCCUUCCCCGCACUCACCUCUGGCCCCGCCUUCGCCUCGCCUGACCUCCGGCCCCUUGUCCUCGAAUCGCUUGCGCAUGGGUGUUGGCGGAAAUGCGUUCUCGGGGCAGAUAGGCACUGCUCGCCGCGCGUUCAGUACCAAGAUUGAGUAG